AUGUUAAAGUUGUACAUUAUUGCCCAUCUUAUUUUUUCAGUGAUUCAGUUUCUUGUGGGGGUUCUAGCCAAUGGCUUCAUUGUGGUUGUCAAUGGCACAGACUUGAUCAGACGGAGAAAGAUGGUGCCCUUCGACCUCCUCCUGUGCUGCCUGGCGACUUUCAGGAUUGGUCUCCAGAUGGUCAUGAUCUUCAUUAAUCUGGCUGUUCUUUCCUUGAUUGAAUUCUCUCCAGUUCCUGAGAAUAUUACAAUUUUCAUGUAUGUACAUGCAUCGGAAGUUUGGUUGGCCACGUGGCUCAGCGUUUUCUACUGUGCCAAGAUCGCCAACAUCGCUAACCCGCUCUUCUUUUGGUUGAAGUUGAGGAUCUCCAAGUUGGUGCCGUGGCUGAUUUGUGGGACCUUGACAUAUUCCUUUCUCACUUCUGUCUUCCACAGAAAUCAUGCAUGGAUUAUUUCCCAAAUAUCCUGGUUGGGCUUUUUCUCCCAAAAUGCAACAACUCAAAUUGAAGACAUAUCUGCAUUACAAUUUGCCCUUCUUUUAAUUGAGUUCAUAUUGCCUUUAUUUAUCUUCCUUAUCUCUGCUCUUCUCUUGAUAUUUUCCCUGGGGAGGCACACCCAGCAGAUGAGGAGCACUGAGAUGGGCACCAGGAACCCUGGCAUGAGUGUCUACAUCAGCGCACUCCUAUCCAUCCUGUCCUUCCUGAUCCUCUACCUCUCCCAGUACAUGAUGGCUGCAUUAGGUUUUUCUGAAAUUUUCAAGAUCAAAAACUCCAUCACUCUGUUCUGCAUCUUGCUGUUUGGUUCAUACCCCUCUGUACACUCUGUUAUCUUAAUUUUAGGAAAUCCUAAGCUGAAACAAAAUGCGAAGAAGUUCUUCCUCUACAGUAAGUGCUGUCAGUGA